UUGGUUAAAAAAAAAAAUGAAAUUCAUGACCAUCUUUCAUCAUUGUUAUUGAUUUACUGACUCAGUAACGAUCUUUUCGAAGCAAUUUCUUCAUUCAUCACAAAACUCACAAAUAGAGAAAGCGAAUCCCAAUACUAAAAGUUUCAUUCUCUAUUCACUGUUAUCAUCAAAAUCUUCAAACUCAAGAAAUUUCAUCACCCUUUUCUACGAUAAUAUGCAAGCUUCAACUGUUUCUGUUAAAGGUAGCAUUUUUGGGGCUAAAAGUCAAAAGGGGUUGGUGGGUUUUGGAGAUUUCAGAAAUGGGAGUGUUUUAAGACCAAGAAGAGUUUGCAUGACCAAAAAUUCCAAUUUCUGUGGAUCAAGGAUUGGUUCUGUUGCUGUUGAAUCUGAACUAAGUAGUGCAAGAGUUGGUUUAGGUGGCAUUGUUAUGAACUCUGCUAAAUCCAGAUCAGUCAGGGUUCAAGUUUCUGAUGGAGAUACCGAGCAUGUUAUCCCCCCCGUUCCUCAAGGAAAACCUUCUGGAACUGUUCUACCCUAUGUUGGUGUUGCUUGUCUUGGAGCCAUUUUAUUUGGAUACCAUCUUGGGGUGGUAAAUGGUGCUCUCGAAUACCUAUCUAAAGAUCUUGGAAUUGCUGAAAAUACAGUUCUACAAGGAUGGAUUGUCAGCUCAUUACUUGCCGGUGCUACUGUUGGUUCGUUUACUGGUGGAACAUUGGCUGAUAAAUUCGGCAGAACUAGGACUUUUCAGUUAGAUGCAAUCCCUCUCGCAAUUGGAGCAUAUCUUAGUGCUACAGCACAAAGUGUUCAGACAAUGAUCAUCGGUCGUUUGCUUGCUGGUAUAGGAAUUGGCGUUACAUCUGCUAUAGUACCACUGUACAUAUCUGAGAUAUCACCAACUGAAAUUCGUGGCGCGCUUGGAUCUAUUAAUCAACUUUUCAUAUGUAUUGGGAUUCUUGUAGCCCUGGUGGCCGGACUUCCUCUUUCAGGAAACCCUUUAUGGUGGCGAACAAUGUUUGGAAUUUCCAUAGUUCCAUCUAUUCUAUUAGCUCUUGGAAUGGGAAUUUCUCCAGAAAGUCCCCGUUGGCUUUUCCAGCAAGGUAAAAUCCCUGAAGCUGAAAAGGCUAUUAAAACACUAUAUGGAAAAGAAAGAGUUGCUACAGUUAUGUAUGACCUAAGAGCAGCAAGUCAAGGUUCUUCUGAACCCGAAGCAGGGUGGUUUGAUCUGUUUAGUAGCCGAUACUGGAAAGUUGUCAGUGUUGGGGCAGCGCUUUUCUUGUUCCAACAGUUGGCUGGAAUAAAUGCUGUGGUGUAUUAUUCAACUUCAGUGUUCCGCAGUGCUGGAAUUGCUUCUGAUGUCGCAGCAAGUGCCCUGGUUGGUGCAUCAAAUGUAUUUGGAACUGCUAUUGCCUCCUCAUUGAUGGACAAACAAGGAAGAAAAAGCCUCCUUAUCACAAGCUUUAGUGGAAUGGCUGCUUCUAUGUUGCUUCUUUCUCUCUCUUUCACUUGGAAGGUCCUUGCACCAUACUCCGGCCCCCUUGCGGUCCUGGGAACUGUUCUCUAUGUCCUAUCAUUCUCUCUUGGUGCUGGUCCUGUGCCUGCUCUUCUUCUACCGGAGAUAUUUGCUUCCAGAAUUAGAGCAAAAGCGGUUUCUUUGUCAUUAGCCACACAUUGGAUAUGCAACUUUGUCAUCGGCCUCUAUUUCUUGAGUGUUAUGAACAAGUUCGGUAUCAGCUCCGUGUACUUAGGAUUCUCAGCUGUAUGUGUUCUUGCGGUUAUAUACAUAGCUGGUAACGUUGUGGAAACAAAGGGUCGGUCGUUGGAGGAAAUCGAACGUGCUCUUAGCUCUUCAGCUUGAGAAACCUCAAGAAGUGAAUGAAUGUAGUCAUAAUUCCAAUGCUGCUCAAUGAACUGUUUUAUCUUUGUACUCUUUACUACCUAGGCCAACUUGUUUAUUGUAAUCAAAUUUUGUUGGUGUGCAAAUAUGGUAAUAAUAAUUUGUGAGGUUUUGUAAA